UGCAGCUGAAAGUUGUGUCGUAGGUUAGAUAGGAGUUUAAGAAAAAAUAUGUAAUUAAGUGUGGUUAAUAUAUAUGAUUAACUAUUCACACCUUCACACAGAUCCAUUAAUUCCAUAAUACUACAGAUAAUUUUAUUUAGGCCUUGUUUUCCGAGGGGUGUGUCUCCUUAAUCUUACUGUUUUUUAAUCUUUAUGACGUUAGCCACUGUGCUAACCAGAGAGCUAACUCAGUGACGGUUGCUAAAGCUGAUAACUGCUCGCGCUAAAACGACAGUUGCCAGAUUGUCAAGGCUGUUCUUUUGUUUUGUUGGGGGGGGGUUUCCCCUUUUUCCUUCCGGUAUCGAUUUAAAGAGAGCUUUCCUUUGGCGAGUCUACGGAGGACUGGUCAGUUUAAAUUUAUUUAUCUUUAUUAUUAUUAUUAUUAUUUUUUAACCCCUCCUCCUUUUCGUCGACUUGAGCUUAGUGUUGGUGGAUUAUGAAUUAUUCAUGAGCGCGAGGAGAAUGUGACGCUUGGAGGCGGGGUUUCAUGCGCGGGGAGGCGGAGUCACACGACAGGAAAAUAAAGAUUCUUCGAUGCAUUCUAACACUGCACUGAUUAGAAGAUGAUAGAAAUGUCAGUUGAUAAAGAGACUGUUUUUCUGAGUGAACAGCCUGUGUACGUCUCUGUACCACAACAGCCAGAACUUUCCAAAAACUCUACUGAAAAUCCUCAGCAGUCUGCUGAAGUCAUCAAUCUCACCAAGGAUGAUGGCACUUGUAACCUUGCUAAGGAGAAUGGAAACAAAAUGGCCAUCAGCGAUGACGUAGUCACCGGAUCAGACUCCAUGACCCAAAACCAAGAUGGCAUCCAGAAUCCUAAACCCCAUCAGCAGAGACCAAGCAAACGUCGGAGUACCAUAAGUGGCGGGUUUAAGCAUCCCAUGUUUGGGAAACGUCGCCGCCGUGCCAACUCGGAGAGUGAGUCCGUCCUGCCCACCAACUUCCUGCUGGGCGGGAACAUCUUUGACCCGCUCAACCUAAACAGCUUACUGGACGAGGAGGUGAACCGGGCUUUAAACGCAGAGACACCCAAAUCUUCUCCGCUGCCAGCUAAAAGCCUGGAUCCUGUCGAGAUCCUGAUUCCAAGGGACAUCACAGAUCCGCUGAACCUGAACGGCUGCACCAGAGGAGACGCAGGGAUUGUUCUCACUCCUUUUAAAAGUGGCGGAGGACGGAGGAGACACCGGAACCGGCAUCAUGGAGGAAUAGCAGCAAGAGGAGGUGUGGGAAGAGGAAGAGAAGGUGUGGUAGGAGGUAUUGGAGGAACAGGCAGUAUUGAUGGUGUCGGUGGAGGUGGAGGUGAAGGGGUAGCCAUAGAGUUCAACCAAUCAGAACGGUGUUUAGCCCCAGAAUCGGAAUCCACAUUAGUGUCUUCAGAGAUUAAUCUUCAGAACAGUCCAGAUUCUAGUGCGAUUAUAAAAGAAGAAGCGACCGAGUGUAACUUUCCUCCAAAGCAGGAAGUUCAUGAGGAAAAAGACAGCACACAGACUCCUGUGACGCACGCAUCGCACCGACAACGCAAACGGAAGCGCAGCAGCAGCAGAUCGGAGAACACCGGAGGCCCGUGUUGGUAUAAGAACCGGACGUCGGAGCCAGAAUUGGCGCAGCAACAUCCUCCCAACCAGCGGGGGCAGCAGAGGAACAACAACAAACCGAACCCCAGAAACUGCACUCAGCAGAAACCAAACCAGCAACAUCACCAUCAGCAGCAACAGAAGAAAAAGUUUCAGUAUGGGAACUACAACCAGUACUAUGGGUACAGGAACCCAGGCGCAAGCGAGGACGCUCGGAUCCGUGUCUUUAAACCCGAAUGGUUCCAAGGGAAGGAAGUCCUGGAUUUAGGCUGUAACACCGGUCACAUGACUCUUACUAUAGCUAAAAACUGGCGACCGGCACGCAUUGUGGGUUUGGACAUAGACAGAGCGCUGAUCCACGCAGCCAAACAAAACAUCCGUCAUUAUCUCUCUGAAGUGCAUGCGCUCCAGGCGAGGAAAGAGCGGAACGAGGACGAGGCGCCAGACGAGAAGCUUGAAACCAUGGAGAAGAACGGAGAAGAAGAGGAUAAGGACAAAGAAACACAAUCAGAAGAUAUCGGAGAAAAGGAGGAGGGAGAGAAUCGGACUGACCAGAUCGGCGAAUCUGUGUCAUCGCCCAACAAGAAUCGCUUAUUUCCUGUUUCUCUCUGCGUCUCCCGAGGACCAAUCGCUGCUCCUCCACUCCCCGACACGCCCACACUUCCUCCUGGGAAUUUUCCCUCCAAUGUCACUUUUGUAAGGGGUAACUAUGUGCUGGACAGUGACGUCUUGUUGGAGACGCAGCGUGAGGAGUUUGAUGUGAUCCUGUGUCUGAGUGUCACUAAGUGGAUUCACCUGAACUGGGGUGACACUGGGCUCAGACGCUUCUUCCAGCGUGUGUACCGUCACCUUCGUCCCGGUGGUCUCUUCAUCCUCGAACCCCAGCCCUGGAACUCCUACAGCAAGAGGAAGAAGCUCACGGAGGCCAUCUAUAAAAAUUAUUUCAGCAUCCAGCUGAAGCCGGAGCAGUUCUCCUCCUUCCUGACCAGUGAGGUGGGCUUCUCCAGCUACGAGCUGCUCGGAACUCCAAACAGUUCAACACGAGGUUUUCAGAGACCGAUCUAUCUGUUUCACAAAGGCCCUGCUCCUCGAAAGUGAGUGUGUGUGAGUGUGUGAGUGUGUGAGUGUGUGAGUGUGUGAGUGUGUGAGUGUGUGAGUGUGUGAGUGUGUGAGUGUGUGAGUGUGUGAGUGUUAAACCGGGAUCAAGACAGCGUGGGAGCUCCAGGGAAUACUCCACACCUGUGAGCUGGAGGAAGUUACUCUGAAACACUUUCAUCACUUCCUCCUGGACAUCAGAGAGAAACAGACUGAGAUGAAACAGUGCGAGACUGAAACAUUCUCUUCUUUGUAUUUGUGGGAAAAAAACACAACUUCGAACAGGUCUUCAUCCGUUUUUUGGGGGGGACAGUUUAAGAUCUUGGGCUGUUUUGCUGUGAGAAAGUCCGAGGUUUGUGCUGAUCAUCAGUUACACGUCGUAUCAUGAUGACCUCCUCCUGUUUCAUCAGGACGGAUCCUCAGGACGGAUCUCAACGAACGAUCAACUUUUAUGGUACUAAACACAAUGAGCAGGUGAAGCUAGCUACACAGUCGAGGUCAGGAUCUCGUGUUCUGAUUCACCUUCAUCUCUUCUGAUCUAAAGUUGAAUCAGCCUUUCUGUAAGCUCUGACUCGACGGGAAUCCACACGCAGCUUUACAGAAUUAUUUCACUUUUUUUUACAGAAACAGUCGAUAUCUUUAACCAUAAACUCACACACUGCACAGGCUCCGCCUCCAUCAGGUGUUUUUAAUGGAGCAUUUACAAAUGUUCUUUUCCUACGUGUGUUUACAUGUCCUCUUCAUGGACCAGGAUUAAACCCGAGUCUGUUGUUAAAACUCUGAGCGUAUACACACAGUGCAGAAGAGACGGCUCGACUGUUUGGUUUUUUUUCUCCCUCUUCUGCGUCUCCACCCAGACUGUGUCUCUGAGAUCAGAAGAAAACCCAAGAGACGAGACCGAACUCCUGAGUUCAGUUCCAGUCUUUAAGCGAGGUAUUAAAUCCUUCACGGAUUAGAUGAAUGUUGUGUUAAAGCGAUAACGGUGUAACUGGAUAAUAAACUGACUUUUCAUUCGAGACGUCUGCCUCCUUCUCCUUCCUCUUUUCACCAACACGUGUUUUUUGCCUUUACUGCUGCGUGAUCAUUUUUACUGCAAAAAGAUUAGAUUCAACAAUUUAUUUAACAAAAAUUCAUAUUCUUACAAUGCAUAUUUUACAAAUAAACUUAAAAAUGAGGCACAUUGCUUAUAUAUACUCAUCAGCCAUAACAUUAUGACCACCUGCCUAAUAUUGAGUUGGUCCCCCUUUUGCUGCUAAAACAGCCCUGACCCGUGGAGUCAUGGACUCCACUAGAUCCCUGAAGGUGUGCUGUGGGAUCUGGCAUCAAGAUGUCCUGCAAGUUACAACGUGGGGCCUCCAUGGAUCGGACUUGUUUGUCCAGCACAUCCCACAGAUGCUGGAUUGGAUUGAGAUCUGGGGAAUUUGGAGGCGGAGUCAACACCUCAAACUGGUUGUUGUGGUCAUCAAACCAUUCCUGAACCAUUUCUGUUUUGUGUCAUGGUGCAUUAUCCUGCUGAAAGAGACCACAGCCAUCAGGGAAUACCGUUUCCAUGAAAGGGUGUAGAUGGUCUGCAACAAUGUUUAGGUAGGUGGUACGUGUCAAAGUAACAUCCACAUGGAUGCAGGACCCAAGGUUUCCCAGCAGAACAUUGACCAAAGCAGGACACUGCCUCCGCCGGCUCGCCUUCUUCCCAUAGUGCAUCCUGGUGCCAUGUGUUCCCCAGGUAAGAGACGCACACACACCCGGCCAUCCAUGUGAUGUAAAAGAAAACGUGAUUCAUCAGACCAGGCCACCUUCUUCCAUUGCUCCGUGGUCCAGUUCUGAUGCUCACAUGUCCAGUGUUAAUGCUUUCAGCGGUGCACAGGGGUCAGCAUGGACUGUGGCUGAUACUGAUUAUGAUAUUAUUGUUGCUGUAAAUUUAAGUUGUUUUUGUUCUUUUCUUGAUGUCAUUUUUACACAAAACUCUUUUAUCUCAAUGU